AGAAUAAACGACGUAGAACAAGACAUGCUAGGCGAGAGAUAACACAUAAAAUUAGAGUUGUUGAAUUAGGUUUAAAAGUUCAUGAAAUUUCAGAUAACAAUAAUUGUGAUUCGCUUGGUGACUUUCCACAUUUAAGUACAGAUAGUAGUGAUAAUGAUGCAGCCAGUGAUGAUGUUAUACAUGGUCGAUAUGGCAUCACAUAUACAAAUGGCAAUAAUAAUAAUAAUGAUCAUGAGAUUGAUUUGAACAAUAUGGACAAUAGCGUUGAUACUGCAGAUGAUCAUAGUGAAGAUGAGGCCUUAACAAGUUGUAGUGAAAUAUUUGAGGAAAAUCCUACAAAUAUUAAUGAGUUUCUUCGGAGUAAUGAUAAAAAAGAAAUGUAUCUGCUAAGAAAUUUAAGAAAAUGGGCAAUGAAAGGUGUACAAUACUUUGUGGGUCGCACAAUCAGUCAAGGAAAUGACUGGCAAUGUGCUAUGUACUUGGUAUCAAAACUGCUAAUAAAUAAUAAAUUGGCAAGAGUAAUAAGCUGGGGAGGUACUAAAGAUACCAAAAUUUCACUAUCAAAUAGUAAAAUUAUGGAAGCUGUUUACUGUGCUGUCCUGAAAAACCAUCCAAAAAGUGACCUGAAGUUGGUAAAAACGAAAGUGCAAAGAUGGCUGUACACCGGAAACCAAAGAAAAGUUUAAUUAAUAUUUUACAUUUUUCUAAUCAUGGACAUAUUAACCCUCAAACACCACACUAUUUUCGUCACUUUUUUUAUCACAUAUGUAAUAAGCUAUUUAGGUUAAAAUAGGGCUGUGAUGGAGGUUUUGUAAUCUAGAUAUAUUGUUUUUGUUCCUUACCGUUUAAAAGUGACGAUUUUAUUGAGGAACUGUGAGUCAAGAAUAACUCAUGUGUGAUGUUUGAGGGUUAACUGUCUCUGUGAUAUUUAAUAUUAACGAAAUGUUUUUUUUAGUUUAUGUAUUGAUAUUAUGAAAGUAUGAUUUAACUUUAUGUAUCAAAAUGUGUGUCGGUCACAAUACGGUUGUGAUGGAGUAUUUGUAGUGGAGUAUAUUGGCCACGUUCAGCAGAGAUAACCGCUCCACUACCGCUACGUAGCGACCGUCUACGAUUGGAGUAUUCUUUUAGACCUAUGAAAGAUGUAAAAGAAUAUUCCAAUCGUAGACGUUCGCUACGUAGCGAUAACGAAGCAGUUUUCUUCUCUUAACGCGGCCAUUGCUUUUGUUCCUUACCGUUUAAAACUGACGCACAUUUUAUUGAGGAUCUGUGAGUCACGAGUAACCCAUAUGUUAUGUUAUGAAAGGGUUAACUUUCUUUGUGAUAUUUAAUCUUGAUG